AACCCAUCCGGAGCGGUUGCCGACGUAAAAAGAUCCACGAACCACUUUCACUGGGUCCCACUUUCCCACCCCAAUUUUGGAGGGAAAUACCUUCCCUCCCUCGUCGAUCAUGGAAAUGGCGCGCAAUUGCGAGCUUCAGAUUUGAAUCCAAAAUCCCUAUAUUUAUCCCUCUCUCACUCUCUUCUGAUUUGUGCAACGACUGAUAUGAGUUCUUGCUUAUGGCUUUUAAUUAGUUAAAAACCCUAAUUUCCUCGUCGAUUUCAGUUUGGAGGGUCAAGAUUGUCAUGAUACAUGCUCGCUAUUUCCCAAUUUCGAGGGCUUUAAAACUUGCAGCGGUAGCAUCUCGACAACCAUUGAGUUUGAAAUCUUCAUUCAAGUGUGCUUCAAGGCAAAUUACCAUGGAGAAUGGUCAUAAAAGUGAUUCAAGAGGCGCUUUAAUUGUACUAGAAGGCUUGGAUCGCAGCGGGAAGACCUCACAAUCGAGUAGGCUGAUUUCUUACUUGGAGGGACUCGGUCAUUCAGUUGAAUCAUGGCGUUUUCCUGAUAGAAAUACAGGUGUUGGGCAAAUGAUCUCAUCUUAUCUAAACAAUAAGUCGCAGCUGGAUGAUCAUGCCAUCCAUUUACUGUUCAGCGCAAAUCGUUGGGAGAAGAGAUCCUUAAUGGAGGCUAAGCUUGGAAGUGGGACCACCCUCAUUGUGGACCGUUAUUCAUUUUCCGGGGUAGCUUUUUCAUCUGCCAAAGGACUGGAUAUUGAAUGGUGUAAGGCUCCAGAGAUGGGAUUGCUGGCACCAGAUAUGGUCUUAUAUCUAGACAUACCACCAGAGAAAGCUGCUGAAAGAGGAGGCUAUGGAGGUGAGAGGUAUGAGCAGCUUGAGUUUCAAAGAAAAGUUGCCCACUCCUAUCAGCUGCUCCAUGAUGCCUCAUGGAAGAGUAUAGAUGCAAGUCUUCCCAUGGAAGAUGUUGAGAAACAACUGAAGGAGAUGGUACUGGAUUGUGUGACAACCUGCCAAAAGGGUAAGGCCCUAUCAAACCUCUGGUCAAGUUGAAAUGUAUUCUCUGCCAGAGAAUGGGAUCUCUUUCUUUGAUGUUGGUAGCUUUAUAUUAUGAAGACAAAUCCUUGUAUUCCUUAGUUUUACCUGAGUGGAAGUUUUGGAUAGAUCAGUGAUCUUAACUGAACCAAAACAUGGGGAUUGCGGAUUGCCUGUGUAACUAGUUCAUAUGGGGUUUUGUCCCGAUUUUAAAUGGGUUUGUGCAAGUAA